CCCUCCCUUGCGGGCGUCCCGAGGGCCGCAGCCGCCCCAGCCGAGCGCAGCUGGGCCGCCGCCGCCGCCGCCGCUGCUGCUGUUGCCGCUUCCUGCAGGAGCGGGUCUGAGCGCCGACCUCUUCUACGUCUGAGCGAGCCGCCGACCGCCGAGCAAAAUGGGAAAUGAGGCAAGUUAUCCUUUGGAAAUGUGCUCACACUUUGAUGCUGAUGAAAUUAAAAGGCUAGGAAAGAGAUUUAAGAAGCUUGAUUUGGACAAUUCUGGUUCUUUGAGUGUGGAAGAGUUCAUGUCUCUGCCAGAGUUACAACAGAAUCCUUUAGUACAGCGAGUAAUAGAUAUAUUCGACACAGAUGGGAAUGGAGAAGUAGACUUUAAAGAAUUUAUUGAGGGAGUCUCUCAGUUCAGUGUCAAAGGUGAUAAGGAGCAGAAGUUGAGGUUUGCUUUCCGGAUCUAUGACAUGGAUAAAGAUGGCUAUAUUUCCAAUGGGGAACUCUUCCAGGUGCUGAAGAUGAUGGUGGGGAACAAUCUGAAAGAUACACAGUUACAGCAAAUUGUAGACAAAACCAUAAUAAAUGCAGAUAAGGAUGGAGAUGGAAGAAUAUCCUUUGAAGAAUUCUGUGCUGUUGUAGGUGGCCUAGAUAUCCACAAAAAGAUGGUGGUAGAUGUGUGACUCUUUUUAAAGAGUACCACCCAACACUUUUGCUUUCUUCUCCAUCUCUGAAGAUCUGCUCAAGACGUCCAGCAAUGCUCUCUGUGUAUUUAAAUGGAAGUAUUUUUCUCUGUGAAGCCACAUUUUCCAACAUGAGCCUCAUGAAGCCAACUAAGUGUUAUUGAACUCUUAUUCUCUCAAUAACUCAGUGUAGCACUUUAAAGUCUGAAGGACAGCAACACGAAAGAGCAUAUCAAUGUGGUGAAGAAAGGGAGGGGGUUGGCUUUUUAAUUUAUUUUUCUUCAUCUUUUAUAACAAGAAAGUAUCUAUAUAUACAUAUGUAAAUAUUUAUAUAUAGAUAUAUGUAGCUUUCUAUAUGUGUAGUAGGUUGGCUUUAAUUUAAUAUACUUGAUUCAGAAACAAAAUGAUGAGUACAAAAGUGCCAAGCAGAACAUAAAGCAUCCUUACUUUUAUUUCACACAGUUUUAUAUAUAGGUAGAAGAUUGUACAAUUGGAGCCGGGUGUUAGGCCAGCUACUUUCCUUUUCCUGUGCUUUCUCCUUUGAGAGAUUGACAAAGCAUUUGUUAACGUCCUAUUAUUUACCUAAUUACAUUUUUGUAACAAAGGAGUUUGUAAACUUUAUUUAUACCUAUGAAUAUAUUUCCAGGGACUAAGUCUCAUUGCUGAGCAGCUUUUACUACAUCUCUGCUUGAGGAGAAAGUGUAGUUCAGUGCUACUGCCAAGAGCUCAUUCUUGUGUUCAUAUAGUACCUACACAAAGCUUAAGGCUGCUUCAUUCUGUUACUGUUACUUGGUAACUAGGAGCCAUUAUGUUUAUUAAAUGUCCCUAGUACUUGUAAGUUUCAGUUGUGAUUUCAUAAAGGCCUGAAGCUAUGUGAGGCAAUCAUAAUUUACCUUAGACAUUACUUAAUAAAGAGUACCUGAAGUAAACAUGUAACUGCAUAGAUAAUUUGUCAUUAAACCUAUGUUUGAACCAUAAAAAUUCCCUUCUGUGUUUCAGAAGACUUGCAGCUAAUAUAAAACAUGGGUGAUAAUGUGCAUGUAAAUAUCUCAACACCCACAUAUAUUUGUGAUUUAAAUGGAAGAAAUCCUACUCAUCUGUGUGUCACAGAAGAGCAAAAUUUUAUCCAAAUUUAUACCUCUUGAAUUUCUUUACCAUAAAGCAUAAAGAGUGCAUGAGGUGUUUUUUCUUGAUUUGCCCAUAUUUGUAAUGGAUAACAAUAAAUUUGUGUGAUAUAAAAGUAGUGUAUCAUGUUCUACCACUUGUUAUUGUCCCUUCCCUUUUCUGCAAAGGUACUGUUGGCUGGAAGAAAACAUUUUGGUUAGCUUUCUAGGACAGUAUUUCCCUAUAUAGAUUUUCAACAAAAAAAUGGUUGGUUUUAGUCAGGAGUGGAAAGGGGCAGGUUGAGUCAAGGUGAAUGAACCUUAAAUUGGGCACACCUGCUUGCCAUUGCUGUUCCUUCGACUGAGUGCUGCACAUCAUGGGCUCUGUCUGUGAGAGAGAAAUCUCGGUGCUUGGUGUCCUUGCAUGACAUGGAGUUUUGCAUGUAGAUCGAUUUAAAAAUGUACCUCUUGUUUACAUAAUUUGCAUAAUUUUAAAAGAAAAUAUUGCCAAACUUUGGAAAUGUUAAUGUUCAAACUGAAAAAUCUCCACUACAUGUAACUUUCUUCCUCUGGAUCAGUACGUGGCUUAUAAUCCCAGCCAGUGGUUUGAUCUGUUCCAGUGUCAACUGCCAUGUGCUCUGCUUCAAGGGGGAACUAGUCUUUUGUGAAUUUUUUGUACAUAAGUAUUUGUUACAAAUAUUUUAGCAAAUGCUUUCUAUUUCUCUUGCUUGUGCAUAUCUUGGCUGGCGUUACAGAAAAAUAGUGCAAACAAUAUUUCCUUACUGGGGAAUGGGGUUUUUCUUUUUUUUUUUUUUUUAGUGUGUAUGGGUUGGGGGGAGGGGUGGUUUAUGUUGAAUGUUUAGUUUUUCUUCUGCAUGAAACAUCAUGUUGUGGGAAUCUUUAGAAAACUUCCUACUGUAUGAAUAAGAAAAUAAAAUAUUUGGAA